CCAGAUCCGCUGCGUACAACCUCCCCCAUUCACCUGCUGCUUGUUUAGAGCUCUCCCCUCCCUGGCCCCGCCAACUAUUUGCACCGAAAGCACCUCCGCAUCGGGAAGCUUGAUUUGCGCUGUCUGGUCCCCACGCCCUUCGACUCCCUCUAAUACCUAGGUUCUGAUAUCAUCCGAUAUUGCUAGCCAAGAUGUCGCAAAGCCAUGCCCUUUCCGACGAUCAGGUCGCGGGCGAGCUCCGCAAGAUGACAGCCUUCAUCCGGCAGGAAGCGCUGGAGAAGGCCCGUGAGAUCGAGCUGAAGGCCGAUGAAGAAUUUGCGAUUGAGAAGUCAAAGCUCGUCCGUCAGGAAACCGCUGCCAUUGACACCCUGUACGAGAAGAAGUUCAAGCAGGCUGCCAUGUCCCAACAGAUCACCCGUUCCACCCUUUCAAACCGUACUCGUCUCCGUGUUCUUUCUUCUCGCCAGGAACUUCUUGAUGAGCUGUUCCAGCAAGCUCGUGAUAAGAUUUCCGGCAUCGCAGCUAAGGAUGCUAAGAAGUAUGAAACUGUUCUGCAGGGACUGAUCCUUGAGGGCUUGUACGCUCUUAAUGAGGAGAAGGUGGCCGUUCGGGUAAGGGCCAAGGACACUGACGCAGCCAAGAAGGCGAUUGAGGGAGCUCAGAAGGCAUUCAAAGAGAAGGUUGGCAAGGAUGUUAAUGUGGAGGUAGAUGAGGCCGAGCCUUUGCCGGAGGGAUCUGCUGGAGGUGUGGUCAUUCUCGGCGGACAGGGUACGAUCGAGCUCAACAACACUUUCGAAGAGCGCCUGCGGUUGCUCGAGAUCGAUGCUCUUCCCGCCGUGAGGGAAACACUAUUCGGAAAGAACCAGAACCGGAGGUUCUACGAUUAGACUAAUACCUGUCCUAUUAUUGAUUUUGCGCCAAGUCCGUUAUCGCUGAUUCUUGUAUCUAUGUCUCUUUGAUUAACGCUCCGCGUGCGGAGAAUAGCAUAGCCCUGUCUACAGUCUUUUACUAUUCUCCAGUAAAAUUUACCUACGUUUCAAGUUACCCUUCAA